AUGUACCCAGGAGGGCUUCGCAUGCCCAGGGGGAUUGGUGUGCUCCAGGAACGCUGCUGGCGCUUUGUUUUGCGCUUCAGCUUCCACGACAACGACAAGGACAACGACAACCACAGCCCCCGCCAGCACGUCAACCACAGUAUCAACAACUCAAGUAGCUCCAAGCUCUUCCUCGGCCUCUUCCUCUCGUGCGUCAACAAACCCGGCCUCUUCCUCCGCCUCUUCCUCCGCCCCGGCGGCUUCCUCGGCGGCUUCCUCAGCCUCUUCCUCGGCCUCUUCCUCUCGUGUGUCAACAAACCCGGCCUCUUCCUCAGCCUCUUCCUCCGCAGUGUCCACGAACCCGGCAUCUUCCUCGGCGGCCUCCUCUCCGGCAUCAACAAGCCCGGCGGCUUCCUCGAGCCCUACGCCAAGCACUUCGCCUCAGUUCCCCUUGGCUCUUCAUCUUCUGCCAGCUCGACCCCUUCCGGCUCUUCAACCAUCUCGGCCACGUCUAGGUCUUCGUCCUUGACCAACUCGGUCCUCCCCAGUGGCUCAUCGUCCCUGACCGGCUCAGUCCUUCCCAGCGGCUCAUCGACCCUGACCGGCUCAGCCGUUAUCAGUGGCUCUUCAACGUUGACCGACUCCAACCCGACUGACACGUCCGAGUUCACGUUCACAUCCAGCGAGCCCACUGCCACUUCCACCGCCACACCCAACCCUCCCAGUAUCACUGUCGAAGGUAACACCCUGAGCAACCUCGGCUGCUUCGGAUCGCCGUCUGGCUACCCGGGAUUCAACCUCACAUUGACCUCCGCGCUCAUGACUCUUGAACUGUGCGCUGCUGCUUGCCCCACCAACAGACAAUACGCUGGUGUCGUAGGCACCGACUGCUACUGCGGCGAUGUCGUCGACAGCACCAAUGAGGUCGCCGUUGCCGAGGUCCAGUGCGACACUCCUUGUCCUGGCAACCCCAACCAGCGCUGCGGUCAUGUCCUUACUCCCUCCCAGUCUCGCGUCAAGCGUCAGCUUUCAUCGGUUAAUAUCCGCUUGACCAUCUUCGCCCGUGUCGUUGGCGGCGUCUCCAGCAUUAGCUCUGGCGCCUCGGAUGCUGCUACCAUCUCUGGCUCUACAACCGCUGGUGUGAGUGCAACCACCGUUACCGCCACCUUCACAAUCACUGCUACCAGUACUGUCGGAACCACUCUCGUCAGCGGUGUCCAGACCAUCACGACCACUUACUGCCCGUUGUGCCAGGACUGCACCGGUCCCUUCUGCUACAAGCCCAGCCCUUGUGCUAGUGGCAAGUGCUUCGGCCAGCCCUGCUCCGGUGAUGACUGCUGGAAGAAGUUCGUCUCCUACGGCGGAUACUGCGGCUAUGACUCCGGUUGCUCCGGUUCUCAGUGCCAGCGUCGUCUGGUCUGCUACGACGGCGUCUGGUUCCCUGACGUUUGCAACGGAUACGACUGUGGCCGCAAGGUCGUCUGCACUAACGGCCAGUGUGGGUUUGCUACUCCAGGAAGCAAGCAUUACAACGACGUGGUCGUCUGCUACGGAAACAACUGCGAGGUCCAGAAGUGCACCGGAGACUCGUGCAACCAGAAGUACGUCUGCAAAGACAACUCUUGCAGUUUCCAGUCUUGCCCUGCAUCUGAAGCAGGUCAGAAGUACGUCUGGAAUGGCAGCAACAACAACUACACUCUCGACGAGGGUUGCAAGACCGGCUGCCCGCAGCCUCCGGCCCCUAUCCCCGUUGGUCCCUCUCCGCUGCCCGCCGGUACUCCUGCUCAGCCUACCCCCGGUGGUGCUGUUCAGCCCGGCCAGCCUGGUGCUCCUCAACCCGGUCAACCUGGUGCUCCUCAACCCGGUCAACCUGGUGCUCCUCAACCCGGCCAGCCUGGUGCCCCUCAACCCGGCCAGUCUGGUGCCCCUCAACCCGGCCAGCCUGGUGCUCCUCAACCCGGUCAACCUGGUGCUCCUCAACCCGGUCAACCUGGUGCUCCUCAGCCCGGUCAGCCUGGUGCUCCUCAGCCCGGUCAGCCUGGUGCCCCUCAACCCGGCCAGCCUGGUUCUCCCCAGCCUCCCGCCGGCGGUGCCCCUGCUGGUGGCGCCCCUGCUGGUGGUGCUCCUGCUGGCGGUGCUCCCGCUGGAGUUUCUCCCGCCGGUGGUGCUCCCGCUGGUGGUGCUCCCGCUGGAGGUGCUCCCGCCGGUGGUGCUCCCGCCGGUGGUGCUCCUGCUGGUGGUGCUCCUGCUGGUGGUGCUCCCGCUGGUGCUCCUGGUUCUCAGCCUCCUUCUGGUGCAGGUGGUGCUUCUCAGCCUCAGCCUCCCGCUGGUGGUGCGCCCCCUGCCGGUGGUGCUCCUCAGUCUCCUCCCUCGGGUGCCGGCGGUGCUUCUCAGCCUCAACCUCCCGCUGGUGGUGCUCCGGCGGGCGUUACGCCCGUGAGCCCUCCUGUGGUGACGACUGCUACGGCUGGCAAGCUCGCUGCCGGCUUUGGUGCCCUCUUCAUGGGUGUGCUUGUCCACGCCAUCAUCUUUUGA